ACAGCUGUGGCAACACUGGCCCAGCAACACUGUCAUGUGUUGUUUCAAAGUCAGGAGGUUUUUUUUUUUUUUUUUUCUCUGAAAAUGUAGAAAAAAAUUUCAUGUAUAAAUUUUAAUUUGUAAUUAUAAUAGUAAUAAUAAUAAUUUUUUUUAUCACUAAAUCAUUGUAUUAAAUAAAUAAAAGUGAGAAAAAUAAAAACAACUGGUGACUGUAGUUUUUUUAUAAUAAAAUUGGGCCAGUAUGGCCACUUGGGAUGGCUCAUACGAGGGUGGCCCUCAUGAGGAUCCCUACUAUUCAACAUACUCACAACAAUCAAAUCAAUCAUUUGUUUAUCACAACAAUAAUCCAUCAACUUCUGGUAAUUCUAAUCAAUAUUCACAAUCAAAUUCAUCUGGUAAUUGUUACUUUGAAAAUAAUCGUCAAAAAAAAACUUACAAUAAUGAUCAAUCAAGAAAUUUUACAUCUCAUUCAACAUCAACAUCAAAUUUACAUCCAGGAGCAAAUGAAUUUGUACCAUCAACAAAACCAAUUGAUCCAUCAAGAGUAUUUUUUGCUGACAACAAAAAUCGUUCAUUAAAUAAUCGUAAAUAUGACAAUAAAAGAAAUUCAAAUUAUCAACGUCAAGAUGAUUAUCAUCGUAAUUCAUCAUACAGAAAUAUUGAUAAAAAUCGACGAGGUCAUCAACAAAGUAAUAAUACAAAUACAAAUUCUACUGGAGAUUAUGAUAAUCAAGUUCAUACAACAAGUAAUAAUUAUGAAGAUGAAAAUGUUGUAGACAGUACUCAGUUUAAAGAAACAUCUGGAAGAGGAAGUAAUUAUAAUAAAUCUCGUGGACGUGGUCGUGGUAAUGGUAGAUAUCAAAAUGAUAGAUAUUCAGCAGCACCAUCAUCAUCAUCAUCUUCAUCACAACAACAACAAUCAAAUAAAACAAAUGAACAAAGUGUUGUUAAUAAUUAUCAAAAUACCACAGUAAAAACAAAUAAUGAUUCAGUUGAAGUUGAAAAAACCCAAAAACCUCGUGUAAAAACAACAAAAGACUACAGUGAUGAUCCACGUGAUGAAAGAUAUCGUAAAAAUUUACAAAACAAUGAUGAUGAACGUCAAUCAAUAAAACAUGAUAAUAAUAGCAAAAAUAAAUUACGUAAAAUUAAAAAAACUGAUGAUUCUAGUUAUCGUGGUAGACGUGAUUAUUAUGAUGAUAAAUCAGCUAUAUCAAAUAAUCAAUUAUCAUAUAAACGUAAUAAUUAUAAUCAAGAUUAUAAUAAUAGUCAUAGAAAUUAUUUAGAUAGAAAUAAUAGAGAUGAUGAUAGACAACAACAACAUCACAAAGAUAAUAAAUAUAUUGAUGAUAAACAAAAUUGGCGUGGUAAUAAACAAUUAACUAAAAAAAUAAUAAUAAAAAAAUUUGAUUAUGAUGAUGAUGCAAGUCAAAAAGAACGUUUAACUGAACAAUUAAAUAAAGGACAAUUAGAAUGUCUUGUUUGUUGUGAUUAUAUACGUCAAAAAGAUUCAACAUGGUCAUGUGUAAAUUGUUAUCAUGUAUUACAUUUAGAAUGUAUUACAAAAUGGGCAUUAUCAUCAAGAAGUGAAGAGAAUGGUUGGCGUUGUCCAGCAUGUCAAAAUUCAAAUAUUGAUAUUCCAGAUGAUUAUUAUUGUUUUUGUGGUAAAAUACGUGAUCCAGAAUGGAAUAGACAUGAUACAGCACAUUCAUGUGGUGAAAUAUGUGGUAGAGUACGUCCUAAAAAUAAUUGUUGUCAUAAAUGUACAUUAUUAUGUCAUCCAGGUUCAUGUGAAGUGUGUGUUGCAAUGGUAUCACGUACAUGUGGAUGUGGUAAAAUGACACAAAGUUUAAAAUGUUGUACUGAUACACAGCUAUCAUGUAAUGAUAAAUGUGAUAAAUUAUUAAAUUGUGGUAAUCAUAAAUGUGAAAAAAUAUGUCAUCAUGGUGAUUGUGAACCAUGUGAUAAAAAAAUUCAACAAAUAUGUUAUUGUGGAAAAGAAACAAAAGAUAUUAUUUGUAAUACUGAUAAAAAUCAUAAUUAUACAUGUGAUAAUAUAUGUAAUAAACAAUUAAAUUGUAAUAAUCAUUUAUGUAUGAAUAAAUGUCAUCCAGGUGAUUGUGAUGAAUGUCCAUUUGAAGUUGAUAAAAUUAAAAGUUGUUACUGUGGAAAAACACCAUUAACAGAAAAACGUAAUAAUUGUCUUGAUCCAAUACCAACAUGUGAUAAAAUAUGUUCAAAAAUAUUAAAAUGUGGUCAACCAAGUUCACCACAUACUUGUAAAUCAUUAUGUCAUUCAAAUACCUGUCCACAAUGUGAAUUAAGUACAUGGGUUAAAUGUCGUUGUGGUAAUAUGGAUCGUGAAAUUCCAUGUAUUGAUUUAACAACAAAAGCUGAUGAUGCUAGAUGUGAAAAAAAAUGUAUUAAAAAAAGAUCAUGUGGUAAACAUAAAUGUAAUCAACAUUGUUGUAUUGAUAUUGAGCAUGUAUGUCCAUUGCCAUGUUCAAAAACAUUAAGUUGUGGUAGACACAAGUGUGAAUUAACAUGUCACAAAGGUAGAUGUCAACCAUGUUAUCGUAGUAGUUUUGAGGAGCUUUAUUGUGAAUGUGGUACUGCUGUUAUUUAUCCACCAGUACCAUGUGGUACAAGAAAACCAACAUGUACUAAACCAUGUACAAGAGAACAUGCUUGUGAUCAUGAUGUAUUUCAUAAUUGUCAUAGUGAUACAACAUGUCCACCAUGUACUGUACUAACACAAAAAUAUUGUUACGGGAAACAUGAAUUAAGAAAAGCAGUACCAUGUUAUGUCAAAGAAUUAUCAUGUGGUUUAUCAUGUAAUAAACCAAUAUCAUGUGGAAGACAUAAAUGUAUAACACUUUGUCAUGCUGGUCCUUGUGAAAAACCAGGACAAGUUUGUAUACAACCAUGUACAAUAUCAAGAGAUAUGUGUGGACAUCCAUGUGCUGCACCUUGUCAUGAUGAUAAAUGUCCAGAUACACCAUGUAAAGAAAUGGUUAAAGUAACAUGUACAUGUGGUCACAGAUCAAUGACACGUGUUUGUGCUGAAAAUUCAAAAGAUUUUCAACGUAUUGCAAGUGGUAUACUUGCUAGUAAAAUGGCUGAUAUGCAACUUGGUCAUUCAGUUGAUCUUGAAGAAGUAUUUGGACAAGGAGCUAAAAAACAAAAUCAAUUAAAAACACUUGAAUGUAAUGAUGAGUGUAAACUUAUUGAACGUAAUAGAAAAUUAGCACUUGGUUUACAAAUUGUUAAUCCAGAUUUAAGUGGUAAAUUACAACCAAGAUAUACUGAUAAUAUGAAAAGUUGGGCUAAAAAAGAUCCACAUUUUUGUCAAAUGGUACAUGAUCAAUUAACUGAAUUGGUACAACUUGCUAAAACAUCAAAACAAAAAUCAAGAAGUUAUUCAUUUAAUAAUAUGAAUAGAGAAAAAAGAAUGUUUGUUCAUGAAGCAUGUGAACAUUUUGGUUGUGAAAGUCAAGCUUAUGAUCAAGAACCAAAACGUAAUGUUGUUGCUACUGCUGUUAAAGACAAAUGUUGGCUACCAAGUUAUAGUCUACUUGAAAUGGUACAAAGAGACAAUGGUCAAAGAAAAGUUCCAAGGCCAAUGCUCAAUAUUAGAAGCACUGCAACUUCCACAACAUCACGGUAAUUAUAAUAAACUUUUUUUUAUUUUUUGUUAUUUAAAUAACAGACAUUUAUUUAUUUAUUUUUAUUUUUAUACAUGGAAUUUAUUUUUUUGCUAGGUUAUUUUAUAUUUAUUAUUUUUAUUAAUUAUUAAACAAAUAUUUUUCUUUCUCUCUUUUUUUUCUCUCUCAAUAAAUAACGAUUAUCGAUAAUAAUUUUUCAAUGAAUACAGAAGCUUUACAUUCUUCCAUUAUUUUUUUUUCUUUUUUUUUGGUAUGUUAAUAUCAAUUUUUUUUAUUUUUUUUUUCUGAUGGCAGCUUGGAUGAACAAUAGCUAUCGAGUUUGACUUAUUUAUUUAUUUCCAUUGUCAAUCGAGUGAAUAAAAAAUUCAAUAAAUGUCAUUUUUUUGACAAAAAAAAAAAAUAUGGGCUUUUAUUUUACAAGCCAUUUACAAGUUUUCAAAAGAAUAUAAUUUUUUUGAAUGAAAAUUGAAUUUAUUUAUAACACACACAAACACGCAACAGUCUUAAUUAAUUUCCCAG